UAGCGCCGACAUGCAGACACGUUGUACCACAACCAUAAAAUAGACAGACAUUGCUUUAAGCCUGGCAGGCGCUCUAAACCAUGUGAGACAUGUUACAGUGAACGGAGCGACCCCUUUUACAUGUGACUAAACACACAGGGAGCUGCAGGAAGCGUCUGAGAGCGACGGCUACACGGAGAGAACAAUGGGAGUAAACGUUGAAACCAUUAAACCAGGAGACGGAAAGACUUUUCCGCAGAAAGGACAUACUGUUACCGUGCACUACGUUGGCACACUGCCAAAUGGAGAAAAGUUUGACUCCUCCAGGGACCGGGGACCUCCCUUCCAGUUCAAACUUGGACUGGGUCAAGUAAUUCGUGGUUGGGAUGAAGGUGUAGCUCAGAUGAGCGUCGGCCAGGUGGUAAAGCUGACCUGCUCGCCAGACUACGCGUACGGCACCAAAGGAUACCCACCCAUCAUCCCACCAAAUUCCACUCUCAUCUUCGAGGUGGAGCUUCUGAAAUGCUGAGUGUUUAAGAUGAAGGUUGCUCUUCAGAGUGUUUUUUUUUUUUUUUUCAUUCCACCCACACCUCUGUCACAAAUUAACUAAAAUUAAAGGUGCUGUCAGUAGCAUUUAUAUACAUGGGUAAAUCAUUAUAGAAACAAUUUUGAUAUCCUGGUGUAAUUGAGACAGAUGACUAACAAAUGAAACCAUGCCAGUCUUAUCAAUGGUGCUAAGAUGACACUCUAAGGACAUCAUAGGAAUAGUAUGACAUUUUGGGGGAAUAUGUCUGUCUGCUCUCUUGCUGAGAUUUACAUCAGAAAAUCAGUAACAUUCUCAGAUCAGCCUGCCAGCACUGCUCAAGCUCAGUUAUUAUUACAUAACAUCUUGUUUGCUUAAGCCAUUCAAAAACCAAAGUGUCAGCCAACUGAUUGACUUGGUGCAGGCAGCUAAGCUCUUAUCUGUAGCUUUACCAGACGGACACCAGUGGUAUCAAUCUUAUCAUCUGACCCUUGGCAAGAAACCACCCCCGAAAUGUCAAAUUAUUCCUGUAAAAUUAAAUCCAACAUAUAGUGAAGUAAAGUUUCAGGAUUUAUUUGGCCUUCAUUCUUAUAUUUGCCUGUAAAAUCUUUGACUCAUCCUUCAGCUGUUAAAUAGCACAAAAGAUGCAUGAUGGAACAAGAGCAAAAAACAAAGCAAUUUUAGAAAGAGUGAGCCAGUGGCACUAAAUUUAUGUUGGAGGAUGCCAGUCUUCUUAGCCAACAUCUUAUUUGUUUAUAAGUCUUUAUUCCAAUGUCUCAAAAGUAGUGUGGUAAUGAUUUUUAAUGUCAAAAAUGCACAGGUAACACCUUUUAAUUUAAAAAAAAAUCAGCAUGAAUUUUCCCUUCAAUAGAUGCAUUGAGUUGGCAGCUUAAACUUUGACACAAUGUAAAGAGAUUUCUUGUAUGUUUGAAAACAAUAAUGGCUCAUAAUUUAAUUAGUUUUUCAUCCUUACUUGUGUUGCCAUUGAUAAAAUUAGGAACAGAUUUGGAAGUCAGUUCCUUAAACUAUACUCUUAGAUCUUUUUUGUCAAGUUAUAGGCCUGAAGUGCUCUUGUAUUAUGUCACAAUUCUUAACAUAUUUUUUUCUGCUAAUGUUUUAUUUCUCAGUGUGUCAUCUGUUAGAAAUUGUCUUAUCUGUGGGUAUUGCAAUCUUACAUUAAAAAACAAAACCGUA